UGUGACCAUAACAGUCUAACUGAGCACAGAGGAGAGAUUUCACUCAUGCUGCCAGCGGGAGGCACAAUGCUGCGUCCGAAGCCAAACAUCAGUUUGUAAUCUGCUGCGUUGGCUUGGCAGCAUGAUUCAAGGAUGAGGAAGAGAGAAAUGAGCAGAGAGGCAAAGGAUUAGAAAGACUUCAAAUUUCCAGAGGAAAUGGAUACCAUGGGAUAACUGCGUGCAUGUUUGAGUGUUUAUAUAUGGGGAGUGAGACAGAAAGAGAAUAUCCAUGGAGUCUUGUGGUUAAACUGCUGAGUCAUGCUGUGACGUUUGACCAAAUGUUGUGUGAAACCACGCCAUAGCACCACAGCCUGUAUCCCUCAGCAUCCUGCUCUGUCCUGGAGGUGGAGAGGAAGAGUUUCACUGUUAGCAUCAGCAGCCGGCAGUGUUCAAAGUGAAUGACUCGUCUGAUGAAGGAAGAAGAGCAGCUCAAUGAGACGAUAAAAGGUAUGGUCCAGUGCUGAUGGCGCACUCUGAGCUGUUUGUGACGAGAGCGCCCCCUGUGGAGGGGAGAGCUGUGGAGCUGGAUGUUUUGAGCUUCGUGGACUCGUUCGGGGAGGAAAACAGCACUGCUGAGAGAUGCUACCGCGCACACUCCCGCAGCAGUGUCCUCCAGGGUCUGCCAUUUGGAGGAGUGCCCACGGUCCUCAUCAUUAAUGUGGUCAUCUGGAUGUUCCUGUUGCUCAUCUUCUCCUGUCUGAGGAAGGCUGCAUGGGACUAUGGCCGCCUGGCUCUACUAAUGGAGAAUGACAGUCUCACAUCCCUGUUUUAUGGAGAACCAAGUGAGAAAGAGAAGUCUCCAUCAGAGUCCAGUCCCUCUGACUCUGACACCAAGGACAUGGGCUUCUGCUCGUGGCUCUCAUCACUUUACCAUAUGAAGGAUGAAGAGAUCCGUAGCAAAUGCGGCAUCGAUGCUGUCACAUACCUGUCCUUCCAGCGCCACAUCAUCCUGCUCAUGACAGUGGUUUGCCUGCUGUCUUUGGCCGUAAUCCUGCCGGUCAACUUUUCCGGGAACCUCCUGGGAGACAGCCCGGAAAACUUUGGAAGAACAACACUGGCUAAUGUUAGCGCAAAGGACAGCUUUCUGUGGCUCCACAGCAUCUUUGCUCUGGUCUACUUCAUCAUCACGUUGCUGUGUAUGGCUCACCACUCGCUGCGGCUGGAGUACAGGGAGGAUGAGAAGGUAGCAAGGACACUGAUGAUUACCUCCAUACCAAGAGAGAUCUCGGACCCAGACCUCAUCACCAAACACUUCCAUGAGGCCUACCCCAGCUGUACUGUCACUGAUAUCCGCUUCUGCUUUGAUGUCCACAAACUGAUGAGGCUGGACUUAGAGAGGCGCAAGGCAAUGAAGGGCAGGUUGUAUUUUGCCACAAAGGCCCAAAAGGAUGGGAAGAUUGUGAUCAAGACCCAUCCGUGUGCUCAGAUAUUCUGCUGCGACAUCUGUGGCUUUGAAAAGGUGGAUGCAGAACAGUACUACAGCGAGUUAGAAGAAAAGCGGACGGACGAGUUUAAUGCUGAGAAGAACCGAAUCACCAUGAAGAGGCUGGGCAUCGCCUUUGUGACUUUCCGUGAUGAGAGAAUGACUGCUGUCAUUGUGAAGGACUACAGUCGCGUGCGCUGCCGCCGCAGACCCCAGCAGUCCAGCAUCACCACUGUGGUGCAGUCACACAAAUGGGGGGUCAGCUACGCACCUGCUCCCAGUGACAUCAUCUGGGAAAACCUGUCAGUGUGUGGAUCUCGCUGGUGGCUCCGCUGUGUCCUCCUCAACAUCCUCCUCUUUCUGCUGCUCUUCUUCCUCACCACUCCCGCCAUUAUCGUCAACACGAUGGACAAGUUCAACGUCACAAGGCCUGUGGAGACUCUGCGGAGCCCAGUCAUUACCCAGUUCUUCCCAACCCUCCUGCUGUGGGCGUUUUCGGUGCUCCUGCCCUUCAUCGUCUACUACUCAGCCUUCUUUGAGUCCCACUGGACCAGGUCUGGUGAGAACCAAGUAACGAUGCACAAGUGUUUUUUACUGCUGGUCUUCAUGGUCAUCCUCCUGCCCUCACUUGGUCUGUCCAGUCUGGACCUGUUCUUCACAUGGCUCUUUGAUGUCAAUUUCCUGGAUGAGAAGGAUGUCAAAUUCCAGUGCGUGUUUCUUCCUGACAACGGUGCAUUCUUUGUAAACUAUGUGAUUACAUCCAGUCUAAUUGGCACAUCUAUGGAGCUGCUUCGCAUCCCAGCACUGACUGUGUAUGCCCUCCGCCUCUGCUUUGCAAAGUCCCAGGCUGAGCGCAUUCAUGUCAAACGGAGUCAGGCCUAUGAGUUCCAGUUUGGCCUAGAGUACGCCUGGACCAUGUGUAUCUUUGCAGUCAGUAUGACCUACAGCAUCACAUGUCCCAUUAUUACACCCUUUGGUCUGCUGUAUCUGAUCCUGAAACACAUGGUUGACCGCUACAAUAUCUACUAUGCAUACGUUCCCACCAAACUCAACCAGCGGAUACACAGAGCAGCCAUCAACCAGGUCACCGUGGCUCCCAUCCUCUGCAUGUUCUGGCUGCUCUUCUUCUCCAUGCUCAGAUUAGGUCUAGUGCAUCCCAUCACCCUCUUCACCUUAGUGUCCCUCCUCUCCUCUAUUGCCUUUUCCCUCUUCCGCUUGUGCCUUAGGAAGCAACAAGAUAAGUCAACAAGCUACCAGAUGUCAGAUCAGCCAGCAGAGGGGACAUUCACUGAUUCAGACAGGAGUACUGUAACAUCCACUACUGCCUCCAGUCUGUUUGUGGCGUCCGUGCUGCUGGAGCCAGAACUGGCUUUGACUCCUAUGCCCUCCCCGGCCCACCACGGCUACGGCGCCAUGGCCAGCUCCCAGAGUUCAAGCCACGGCCCAGGGGAGGAAGAGGAGUGCGAGGAAGACCACGCACAGACCCAUGAGACUGAGCUCCAAGACCCCCCAGACCCCUACUGCUCCAGCCCACUCAUGGACAGCCCUGUGAGCUACCAGUAACACCAAAUCUCCCAAGCUGAUUCCACGUGUCCUUCACCUGGAGAACACAGAUUGCUAAAUGCCGCAAUGCAGCAUUUUUGCCACUGACCUCAGACUCCAACUUAGCUGCCUCAGACCCUGAAACUUGGCUUGUUAGACUGGACAAGGAACCAGAAGACAAAAGAAGAAUACAGGAGCAGUCUAUAAAUGUAUAAAUGUAUAGACAACAGUUUAACAAAAUAUCUCCUGAACCUGUCAUAUGGAAAGAAGCAUCCAUCUCAACAGAAAAAACAUCCACCCUAAAUGUACAGAUCACUUUAGUUAAACUAUUGGAUGCUCCAGGACAGGGAUUCCAUCUUCUUCUAUGGCUUCAUUUGCAAGUUAAAAAGGUUAAAAGUAAUGAAAGUGACUGGGGUGGAAUUGCCUUUGGGUUGCUGUCAGAGAUUCUCUGUCCAUGCUGUGCCACUUGGACAUGAGUGGAGGUGAAAGUUCCCAUCAGAGUGGGUGGUGUGAGCAGGCUCGCCCCGGCAGACUGACAGAGUGGUCUGGGCACGGGUGAUAUCUGGUUCCUCGGCAGUAGAGCUCAGGGAGGCUGAGGGUGAGGGCAGCUAGUUGUGAAGCCAUCUGCAGUGAGAGAGCAGACAGACGGAGGGCCGAAUGUAACUCAGAGAUGUACUGUAAUAUAUGUACACUCUCUCCAAGGAGGCACAAGCAGCUUGACUGUACCUGAAGCUUGUUGUAACUAUUAUCAAUUUAGGGUUGCUAUUUUUGCUACAGUAUUUUUGGUGUCAUUGAUAUUGUGCUUUGGGUUGGGGCAGGGGGCUACUGGAGAUUGGUUAAGGAUUAGCAGAGCUGUCCCAUCUUCAUCAGAGUAUUCCCUUAUAAUGCUGUUUUGACUGUGUAUGUGAUGCAACUUUUAUUUUUAUUUGAAAGGAAUAGUUCAACAUUUUGCACACACUAAUAAAUCCCUUUCUUGCCAAGAGUUGGAUAAGAAGAUUGAUACCACUCAUGUCUGUACAGUAAAUAUGGACUACAUCCUGCAGCCAUUGUUAAUUCUAACCUAAGCUAACCAGCUGCUGGCAGUAGCUUUAUAUUUAGAUACAGUAUGUGCCUGGUAUCAGUCUUCUCAUCUAGCUCUUACCUAGAAAGCAAAUACGUUUAUUUAGUAAGUAUUAUUAUUAGUAAUGUGAGCUAUAGGGUGAUUAAAAGCACAUCCUGGAAUUAUAACAUUUUGAAAAUAUGCCAUGGAUUCUACUUUCUCCCAUUGUAAGACAAUAUGAAAAUCUCUAUAAGAAUUUAUUCAUUUAGCUAAUUAUGUGAAAAACUGAAAGUAACUACGACCUGUGUUACUACUUGAGCAAUUAUAUUUAGUUUUUUGGUUGUAAAAUUCUCAAAAGAAAAAGAAACUAUAAUAAUUUACCAUAAUGGCUCAAAAUAAUUUAUUUGUAUUUAUGUGUUCAGUGUUGCUCAAAUAUUUCUGUGCAAAAAGUUUUGUUGUGUGUAUGUUAAUACAAAUAGGCUACAAACACUAAAAUCCAAGCACCACUAUAUACUCCACCAUGAUUUCAGUUGCAUUACCCUAUUCGUUGUGACACUCCACUGCAUGUCCUACUGUAUGUUGUAAAAAUGAGGUAUGCAUUCAUAUCCUGAUCCUUAAGGUCAAGUGUGACACGUGCUAAUGUCAUUGGUUUACAGUCAGUCUGUAUGUUUGCAAGUUUUGUAUUUUGGGGAUAUUUUUAUUUCUUCAUGAUGGGAUGAAAGUUUUUCCCAUGAAACUGAAUGUAAACUGAUUGUUGUUCAUUAUUCAUGUUUCUUGCUGUGCCUUGAACAAACACUCCCUUUCGUGUGACAAUCCAGCAUGGCCUGAAAUAUGCUGCAUGGACUGAAAACUGAAGAGCAGAAAAACAACCAAGAGAUUAAAAACAUAAUAACAACAAACACAGAAACAAUCCAGAGUAGUUUUGAAUUUUCAUUCAGCAGUUGACAAGCAGUGAGCUCAUUCUACCAAGAUAUUGACUGAACAAUCUCCAUUCUACCACUUACUUAUUACCACUUACUGGAGCUUUCAUCCUCAUCAUAUGGUCUUCAACAACCAAUUAGUUUGUUCGGUUGUCAUGCAUCUGUACAUGUUCAAACUCUUUACUCUAUGCUGUACACUUUUAGGACUUUAGUCCACUCAAGGUCCACUUACUUGCUUUUUCUGUAGCUUUAAAGAAUAAGCUAAAACAGUCAACGUGUACAGCAACAUGGACAUGGAGUUAGAAGGUUUGAACAUCUACAGAUCAGUGACAACUGAGUAAACUUCCCCUGCUGAUGAAGAUCAUGUGAUAUGGACGAAAGGUCUGGAACGAGCAAGUAAGCAGACCUUGAGUAGUGAUUUUCUUUUUCUUGUGUGUCUUUACGUCACAGCAGUUCUGUCGUUUUUUUAUAGAUGUUUUGUGUCGUGGCCUCGUUGGUGCCUUGCUGUUGAGUUCAGUCAAUAUCUCUUCAUUUCGUAGCUGCUGUAUUCUUUACUGCUGUACUUCAUAUGAUGCCAGUGUCAUUUCCUUGUCUAUGAUUUGUCUUUAUGUGAUUUUAAUUUCAAAAUGUAGGAUUAACAGUGGCAGCACUGUUGCUCCUACAGUAAAUCUUCUUAGAGUGAAUUUUAGUCCGUUUUGUGUUCUGUAUGAGGUUUAUUAUAAUUUGAAUCAUGUAAAAUCAUUGGCCUGUGAUAUGAAUUUGAAAAAAAAAGACUUUUAGCCGUACUUUUAUAAAACUGAUGGUAUAUUAUUGCAUAAAGUGAAAUGUAUUUGCUCCAUUUUACGAGGAAUCUAAUUCUAGUUCCUCAUGCUGUAUAAAACAGAUGAAAGCUGGCAGCAGAGAUGAAGUGGUCAUUGCAGUGAAUCAUGAAGUAACAUCUAUUUGGAAAAAAAACAAACAUCAAAGACCAUCUCAAAGUUUCUGUCUCUGAACUGCCAACAUGUCCUGUGGGUUUCUCUUGCAGAAGCUUGUUUCACAGAUCAUUAAACUUACUUUCCUUUGAAAAAUACAAAAUAAAACUUAUUAGGGUAUUCUUAGCUCUAAUGGCCAUGCAAGGAAGGAUUGUCCAUUUUCAUGCUUAACUGGUUUUAUUGUAUCCUGUCACGUCUGUUCAUAUACUGUUGGCUUGGCCAUCCAAAGUCUAUUUGGAUAUAUUAGCUUUCCAGACAUGUUCAGCCUGGUAUCACCAUUUGCUAUUGGUUAUGAAAUGUGUGUAUCAUCUUUAUUUCAUAUGUGAGCAGCCUGCUGUAAAUGUCGGUUGUUAUAUCUCCAAGAGGGUUGAGGGUAAAGGACAGACUACAUUUGAGAUUGAUCUGUCAGGCUAAUGAGUUUUCAUCUGUCAAAAGUAAAGUGCUGUGAUCUGAAAUUAAAAUUAAUUCAGCUCAAUCCA